AUGAGUUGGCAGAGUGGGGUGGCUGCCUCCUUCCUGGGGUCUUUCAGCGGGACCUUGGGAACUCAGCUACGGAUCAGUUCCCUUGCGCAAGACGUUGCGGGAACAGCUCGGCUACUACAAGCUUGCGGGUGGACCUUCUGGUUGGCAGGGCAGGGAUUAGGGCAAGUGGCGAUUCUCUUGGCACCUGCAUCCCUGACAGCGUCGGUGAACUUCAGCGGCUCACUUUUGAGCAAUGCGUUGCUGGCGCCACUUGUUCUAAAUGAAAAGCUCACCAGGCUGCACUGGCUGAGUGUGGUACUGCUGGUGGUGGGCAGUGGGAUGGUGACUUCCUCCUCAAGCCAUGCAGACCAGAAGUACUCCUACCUUCAACUCUGCCAGCUAGCUCACCGACCCACAUUUCUAACCUGCGCUUCUAUUAUCUCCGUCCUAACCGUCCUUUGCCUUUGCCGUGCGCUUCGAAAGCGCGCACUGGAACUGCUCAGCUUUGCUUAUAUUUUUGCGCUAAUUGGCGCCAUCGACCUGCUGGUCACGAAGUUCACACUACAGUUGCUGCGGCUAGUGGUUGUUGGUAAGGAGGAGGACACGCCUGCCGAGAGGAUUGUCAGCUGCUUCGUGACGCUGACUGUGACCUUGCAUGUGGGCGUGUUUUUCUGCCAGGUUGCAGCCGCUUACUAUCGGAAGGCCCUGAAGAGCCUGCCCUUGUUCCUGGGGAGCGGAGCGCUGAUGCAGGUACUACUAUGUGGCAUCUUCUUCGACGAGUUCAGCCAGUUUGGAAUGAGACAGCAAGUCUCCUUCAGUAGCGGCUUCCUUCUCGUCAUGCUGGGCAUGGUGGCUACAAGUGUAGCAACAACAGCCAACUUUCGUGAUGAAGUGUCAUCACCAGAAUCAGUUGUCCCAGAACUCCCAGACUUAGAGGCAGCGAAAGAUGCCGUCACAACGGAGCCGCCCGCAAGGCCUACUGCACCAAGCAACAUGACGCCAUCAUCACACAUGCACUCGGCUGUCAUAACCUCUGGCCUUCUAGAAAGAAGUAGCUCCUCCAUGUCCUCCGCCGACCUCCUGCUCCUGGGCGACAUCCAACGGAGCGCCCUGUGCUUCGGGGGCCGCUACGCGGCUGGCAGGUUCUCAACUUCCAAGAUCAGCUUGCAUCGUCGCUUUGCCUCUGACAACUUCCUCCUGAUGCCACUGGUCGAGAACCCGGUGGAAGGUAAGUGGUGCCACUUCUUUUUGUUCAUCCGUAUCUGGAGCUUUGUCAAGUUUAAUGGCGCCUUGGUCGGGCAGCAAGCGCGCCUCCAAGAGCGGGUCUCUGCAACAUUGACACCGGCAUCCGACCUGUUCGUGCAGAAGCAGCAGGAUGCGCCAAUCGACAAACGCCGCUUACAAGGCUUCUUCCUCCUGGGGGUGGUCCAAGGCGUGACAUCUUGGCUCGUAUAUGUGAGCCUGUUCACCAGAUGCUUUCCGCUCGCGACCCGGCUUGUCAACCUGCCCCUUAAGGAGAAACUCAAGGAUUGGCCGGGGCUGUGGCAGCUCGGUCAGCAGAUUGUUUUCGAUCUGGCCGUGUAUGUUCCACUCGUGCACUUUCCAGUUUUCUAUUGCGUGCAAGGCGCCUGUCAUGGUGAAAGUGUGUCAUCCAGUAUCUCGAGGUGGCAGACCAACUUUUGGCAAGAUGCGGCAGGCGGAGCCAUGUUUUGGCUACCCCUGGACGUGCUGUGCUUCACAGUUCCCAUGUGGCUCCGCAUGCCGAUCGGGUACUUCACCACCUUCUGGUACGCUGCGCUGCUUUCUGUUUUCCGUGGCAGCGAGCUUCCAGCAGUGGUGGAUGAACGCAAGUAG